CGAUAGUUAGAACCAUAAACCAAAAACAAAACUAAAGUUUAUAACUCCUUUCAACAAGUGUCGGUAUCUGCACUUGCUCAUUUGAUAAUCUGCGGCCAAGACGUUAGGACACCUCAGUUACCGCAGUUCAACAUGGUUCUCUCCAAGCCCCUGUACUCGCUCUUCGGCACUUAUCUGGAGCAGCUCUUCAACCACCCGGUCCGCACCAAGUCCAUCACGGCAUGCGUUCUGGCCACCUCUGCGAAUGUGACCUCUCAACGUUUGGCGGGCGCCAAGACGUUGAACCAGCAGAGCGCUUUUGCCUACGGACUGUUCGGUUUGAUCUUCGGAGGCAGUGUACCGCACUACUUCUACACAACGGUGGAGCGGCUCUUCAAUCAUGAUGUUCGAUUCAGACGGUUCUUCCUGUUCUUGUCCGAGCGACUGGUCUAUGCUCCGAUCUACCAGGCACUCUCGCUGUUCUUCUUGGCCCUGUUUGAGGGCAAAUCCCCUAGCACCGCUCUGCAGAACGUGGAGAAGUUGUAUUGGCCCCUGCUGAAGGCCAACUGGCAGUACUUGUCGGUGUUUGUGUAUCUGAACUUUGCAUACGUGCCCCCGAUGUUCCGAUCGAUCAGCAUGGCUAUCAUCUCCUUCAUCUGGGUGGUAUACAUCGCUCAAAAGCGACGUCGCUUCCAGGAUAAGCUGGCCGCUGAGAAGAAGGCCACCAAAUAAGCGCAUUCCGUCACCAAGACUUUAUACGUGGUGUAGUCUAAUUCCUAUUGCUCUGUAGAUUACGGUCAGGGCCUGCUGCCUGAGGUUCCUAAUCUCUUAUUGCGAAAAUUCUGUGAGGGUGUGUGAGGACUAAGAUAAGCUAAAACUAAAUGCAGAUUGCUCAAUUUUUAUACCUUAAUAUUUUU